AUGCCUCCGGGAAAGGAGGAAGGUUUGGAGACCUACACCACUCUUCUCGGCACGAAAGCGUACAUCCUUCACUAUGUGCCGUUUGACGACAGCUGUGAUGACACUGCGAAGAAUGAGAGGGGAGGUACCGCUAGUCGGGUACAACGGCAUACCUCAGCUUCACCAGGGCCGCGCCGCGGCUUUCCCCCACGCAAAAAGAAGUCGUUUGGGGCACGUGUUUUGCCAGAACCCCCACGAUGGGGUUGUUUGCGGGGAGAAAAUGAGAAGUCUGUAGGGUAUUGCAUUGACUUGCCAUCAACCAACAAGGAAAAAAUUGCCAGCAGAAUUUUUCCUGGGUUACCCGCCAAUUUUGACAGUCUCUUGCCUACGACUGUGGUUGUGCCUCCACUUGCGACCUCUGCCUCGUCGAAAGCCCCGCUGCCUGCGUCCAAUAGAGCUGUCGUGAAUGCGGCACAAGCAUCACCGGCGACGGAGGAGCUGGCUGUGCCUGCGGUACCGACAGCUCAUAUUCCACCUGUUUUUUCAGCGCCAGAGGUUGCAUCUGCCGAUGUUCCGGGGCUUUCAUUGGCGUCGCCAUUGCACGUUAACUGUGGGCAUGCGGCUGGUCCUUCCGCUUGCUCGGCAGACAACCACCAAUACAUGAUGGAGGGCGGUUUUGUUUACUGUCCGCGGUGUGGGGUUAAACUGCGCCGUGAGGCCUUGGUGGAGUAUUCACCAGCUGAUUGCCCAGUUACCCACGAUCAGGCAGGUGACGAGAAGGAGGGGGGAGAGACCAGUAACUAUUGUUUUCUCUGUGGUACCUUUUUGGGUGUGCCUUCCAGGCCAUCCCAGGGGAAGAGGGAAAAAGGUCCGAAGGAAGGAAAUGCCUCUGGGAUUCGUUGGCAGCCACCACCGGCAAGACUCGGAGUGCCGAGAGCAAUUUCCCUAGGACCAGCCUCCACGACGUUAGAGAGAACCAAAACAGUUACAACGCCUCAUGCCUGCAUGUAUGCUUCGGCUAGAGCUGCAGCUGUAGCGACAUCGACGGCCAGUGAAGAAAGAGAGCUUGGAAGGCCAGGUUUCGGGAUGGAGAAGAGUACAAUAACUCCACACCAAGGCCUGGGUGAAAUCCAGGUUAGAAAAAUUUUUAAUUCGGUGCCCGUUGGCGCGUCGGAGACGAAUGUUAAGAAGAACGCAGCGUGUGGUGAGAAUGCAACAGAGACCUUCACCACUGAAACAUCACUGCCGUAUCCUUUGAGAUCGGCAUCGGCAGCAGCAAACACCACGUCAGCGAAUAGAGCUGUGAAUUCCCCCUUUAUGCAUUCGGAGGAAAUGAAACAAGAGAAGGCUGCUCGGGCGUCAGUGCCUACGCAUGCCGUUUCCUUGCACGGUGGCGGAGAGACGCGGGUACCUUCCUCAGCCCCACAGGUGGAAAUGCUGUACACCGUUGGCGUACCAGGUGUCACAUGUGGUCUUCCGCACUGCGCCUUGUGUGAGCCGCCCGUGGAUCUACCGCUUCCACCCGUCAUGUUGACGCAACGUUAUUUUGCAAAAGCAGAAGCAGAAGGGCCUGCUGAUGCCAGUGUUAUCGUUGUUCAUAAUCACUAUUAUCACAAGAUGUAA